GCUGGUUGAUUUAUAUUUCAACGCUGACAACAAGAUUCAGUCCAACAUAAACUCACUAUGUUGACGUCUCUCAUGAUGUCUCUUCUGAUUUUAGUGAUCGUCACUGCGGCUCCGUUACACGCACGACAUGCGAAUUACGAGCACGAAGUGCGGUGUGCGAAACGACUGUCAAAAAUACAUCAUCAAGGUCACAGGCAUCACUAUCGAGGGAAGAUGAAUAGAUUCAACGAAGUGCGCAUGCGCCCCAUCACCGUUUUAAACCACUGGCGCCAAAAUGGCGGAUCAGCAGCCAAGCGCUCACUCGUCGUCUCAGGGACCGCUGAUGACGCACUUACUAGAACGCCUCAGGUCACGAAUAAGUGCAGUUUUAGAUGGCCACCUGCUGGACUUGGACUAUUUCCAGUAUGUUAUCAAUCAAGAAGUGUUUAUUUUGUCAUCAGCCUCCACUAUAUUUGAUGUGCCAAAUGAUAUCUUGGAGACCCUCAUGGAUCUACAACAAAAAAUUCAUGCAGCUCUUUCCCAAGAGGUGGCCCCAGUUCUUACGAGGGAAUGUGGUGGUGGACGAGGUCGACCUAAGUUUAUUGUUUCCGAGGAAAUGCUGUCCCGGCUCAUUGAGAUGUCUUUACCAAUUUCUUGUAUUGCAAACAUUUUAGGAGUAAGCCAGUCAACAAUCUUCCGCCGAAUGCGUGACUUGGGUUUAUCUGUAAAACUACGUAUAGCACCAUAUCUGACAAUGAAUUGGAUAAUGCCAUUCUGGCCGUCAAACGAAGACUACCAAAUGCUGGAUAUAGGAUGAUAAAAGGCUGCCUGCAAGCAGACGGACAUAGAGUUCAAUGGAACCGCAUAAAAGAAUCCAUGCACAGAGUGGAUGCCCUGGAAUUUUGGAAAGGAUGACACAGCUGGGGUGUAUUGUCAGGAGGUCAUAUUUUGUUCAAAGUCCAUUGUCCUUAGUCCAUAUCGACACGAAUCACAAGCUCAUAAGGUACAACAUCAUCAUAUUUGGUGGGAUAGAUGGGUUCUCACGAAAGAUCAUGUACUUGGAACCAGCAACAAACAACCGUUCAAGCACUGCCUUAUCAUUCUUUCUCCAGUCUGUGCAAAAACAUGGCUGGCCUUCAAGGGUCCGGGGUGAUGAAGGUGUGGAAAAUGUGGCAAUCGCAGAAACCAUGUUUCGUGUGAAAGGGACCGGAAGAGGGAGCUUCAUUGCCGGGAAAAGCGUACAUAAUCAGAGAAUCGAACGCCUGUGGCGAGACGUCUGGGUCAGCGUAACUCAGCUGUAUUAUGAAAUACUUCACAGCCUUGAAGAAGAUGGCUUGUUGGACUUGUCAGAUUCCCUUCAUGUGUUUUGUGCACAUUAUGUGUUCCUCCCACGUCUGAAGCGCAACCUCCACACUUUUUCUGAAGGCUGGGACAAUCAUCCGUUACGGUCUGAAAGUGGGCUCACCCCUAACCAGAUGUGGAUAAUGGGACACAUGCACAACUCAUCUGGUGACGAAGAGAAUUUUCAGAAUUUGGAACUGUUUGGAACAGACUGGGAGACGUUUGAUUGUGUGACAGAAGAUGAUGUUGGAGUUCAUGUUCCAGAAAUUGAGUGCCCACUCAAUCCUGCUCUGAUGGAAACAGUAAAAUCCAUCUUUAAUCCACUUGCAACAUCUGACUGUUAUGGCAGAGAUAUUUAUAUAUCUUUGGUUCAAUAUUUUGUAAGUCUUUAAAAUACACAAACACCUGUGUGAGACCAUUGUAAAUAUUUAUUUUGCAAAUUGUGUAUAUAUUUUGAAAAUUGCAACUGUAACAAAGCAGCACAAUGAAUGAAUUGUAUGAAAACUAAUUUGUAAAUGCAAAUUCAGAACAGUUAAUCAUUUUGUAUGGUUUCUUUAACAUGAAAAUUCUUUCAACAAAUAUUGUCAAAGGAACAGUUUUACUUAUGACAAUAAACGGUGACUCAAAGAUAAGCUGAAAGCAAACAUGCUUACCCC